AUCCCAAAACGAUUUUGUGAAAAUUAAUAGCCACCCUCGAUUAUGUCCCCCACACUAUAUUUAAGUCAUUUAAUUGAAGCUGAGAAAUAUGUAAAUCGACAGAUCGAGAGUAGAGAAGCAAGAUCAAGAGAAUGGAGAAGAGCGAAAAACAGAAGCAUUUUGUGCUGGUUCAUGGAGCAUGCCAUGGUGCAUGGUGUUGGUACAAAUUGGUGACUCUUCUUAGGUCUAAAGGCCACCGAGUCACUGUCCUUGACAUGGCCGCUGCUGGUGUUCAUCCUAAGCGUUUGGAGGAGCUCACCUCCUUCACCGACUACUGCAGCCCGUUGCUGGAAUUUAUGGCGGCUUUGGCACCGGACGAGAGGAUGAUUCUGGUUGGCCAUAGCCUUGGUGGAAUUUGCAUAUCUCUUGCCAUGGAAAGGUUCCCUCGGAAAAUUGAAGUUGCUGUUUUUGUUGCAGCCUUCAUGCCUGGACCUGAGCUCGAUAUUCUUGCCACUAGUCAAGAGUGUCAAAAACAAUUGGAUUCUUACAUGGACAGCCAAUUAACAUUCGGAAAUGGAGUGGACAAACAUCCAACUUCCAUCUUGUUGGGCCCCAAUUGUUUAUCCAGGAAGUUAUAUCAGCUGUCACCUCCCGAGGAUUUGGCUCUUGCGACCUUGUUGAUGAGACCAGUAGCUUUCCACCAUGGACCAGAUUUUCUGAAAGAAAUGGCUCUUUCGAAAGAAAACUAUGGUUUGGUUCGACGUGUUUAUUUGAUUUGUGAAAGUGAUAAUAUUUUAAAGCAAGGAUUCCAGAGGUGGAUGAUUGAAAAUAAUCCAAGUGAUGAGGUGAAGAUGAUUUCUGGUGCAGAUCACAUGGCUAUGUUCUCAAAACCUGAAGAACUAUGUUUCCGCCUGCAAGAGAUAGCAGAAAAUUACUGAUUACCAUUCCAAUUUCUUCCCUUUUUGGUUGUCAUGAAUCAUGAAACAUAAUUAAUUUCCUUGACUUGUGUAUGAAAGAAAACUGAAAUAACAUUAGACAAUCUAAAUAAGGUCUUGAACUCUGAUUGAGCUCACGUUAUUGUCUGAG